AUGAGUCAGGAUUAUUUCGCCAGUGAUGGCUCCUCAAAGGCCAGCUCGUCUCACGAAGCUCCUGGUCAAGAGGAGCAAAGCCCUUUUUACCGGCCCCCGCCGGCCUACAUGACAGUGGGUAAUGGUUCGACCUCGGAAAGUGCUACGGCUUUGAUGGCUUCCUUAGCCCAUGAUUCAGGCUACGGAGGAAGCAUUGCUGGUGAUAGUGCCCAUGAAGACUCAAGUGCCGCAUGGCGCGCUGGACUCAUGGAGGACCGACCGACUCCUUUGCAUACCCCAACACGCCCCGGUGAAUGGAAUCCAGAAGGUGAGGCAUCUGUUGGAAAGAGCGCAGAGGUGAUCCUUGACUCACAGCAUCCUGCAGCUGAAAAUGAGAAGCAAGUUGUUGCAAGCCAUGUGCAUCAACUUCUCUUCUACUCGAACCGGACUAAACUCGGCCGCGCAAUCUCCAGAACAGUUGAAACCUUGAAGGAACUCCAGGAUAUGAACCGCAAAUGGCCCGCGGUUUACCCUACCGUGCAAGGCGCCGCGUCCGCAGAGCGUCCGGCGCUUCAACAAGCACACUCCUACGUUGGAGACGAGAAUAAUACACACGGCUCUCCAUCUCGCCCCGAGAUCAAGCGUGCUAGCACAGUAAACCCAGAGGACAUGGGCGAAUCCAGUGCAAAUGCGGAAGCGCGCGCACCCGCUGUUGAACCCAGAUUGGUGACUCCACAAAUCGCUCAAGAAUUCUCCAUCCUGAAGCUGGAUCUGAAGCUGGGUGCUCUCUCACACGCCGAGCUGGUCCACUCGCUCGAAAAGGCCUCGAUUGCGUCAUUAUUGGAUGGAAAAAUUAGCCAGAGCAUCAAGCAUCUCUUGUCUCUCCGGGAGCGAAUUGAGGAUACUUCAAGUAAGGUCCUGAUUACUGGAGAUCUUAAUGCUGGGAAAUCAACUUUCUGUAAUGCUCUGCUUCGGCGCAAAGUCUUACCGGAGGACCAGCAGCCAUGCACCAGUAUUUUUUGUGAAGUUCUCAAUGCCAGAGAGAAUGCCGGGGUUGAGGAAGUACACGCUGUGCACAAAGAUACGCCAUAUAACCGCCAUGAUGAAAGCACAUACGAUGUCUACUCACUGAGCGAACUCGAAAACAUUGUGGUGGACAAUUCGAAAUACAUGCAAUGCAAGGUCUACGUGAAGGAUGCAAGGACAAUUGACGAGUCCCUGCUCAACAAUGGCGUCGUCGACAUUGCUUUGAUUGAUGCUCCGGGAUUAAACGCCGACUCUCUGAAGACGACCGCUGUUUUCGCCCGACAAGAGGAAAUCGAUGUGGUUGUCUUCGUGGUUUCUGCAGCCAACCAUUUUACCCUCUCCGCAAAGGAAUUCAUCCUCAACGCGGCACAUGAGAAAGCUUAUAUGUUCAUGGUGGUAAACGGGUUCGACCAAAUCCGUGACAAACAACGCUGCGAACGCAUGAUUCUUGACCAGGUCAACAAGCUCAGCCCUCGGACUUACAAGGAGGCUGCUGAGCUCGUUCAUUUCGUGUCGAGCAAUGCUAUUCCAGUGGCCCCGCCGAUGCAAACCUCUCAAUCUGGGUCUGGUAGCGGUGGAGGCGGUGAUGGUGGCGAUGAUGGAAACGGUUCCGACAAAGAGAAUGACGAAGACAAUGGCAAAGGGAAAGGGAAGGACAAGGGCAAAGAGAGGGAGAAGCUUCAAGAUUUUGAAAAUCUCGAGUCGUCCUUGAGACGCUUUGUUCUCGAAAAGCGAUCCCGUUCAAAACUCGCACCGGCAAGGACCUAUCUUUUGAACCUUCUCGCUGAUAUCACCUCUCUUGCUACGGUUAACCGCGAGGUUGCCGAGUCAGAACUCACCCGAGUUACAGCCGAAUUGGCAGACUUGGAACCUGCAUAUGAGAAUGGCAAGAAGAAGAGGAGCGAGCUGGGAGAUGGUGUUGAUAAAGCCAUUGACGAAUCAUGCGACGAUGUCUACAACUAUACGCGGAAUACAUUGACUCAAACUAUUGAUCGCGUUUCAGAUGCUGAUCUGGGCGUCGAGUACCCCGGCCUCUUCGCUGUGUUCUCAUAUGCCGAUGACCUGAAGCUGGCCAUGCUGGAUCAAAUCUCAGCAGCUGUCACAGGAUGCGAGGAAUAUGCCCGGGAUAAGACCAUCCAAGGCGUGGGCUUCAUUCAAAACAUUGGCCUUUUGCACGUUGGUCCAGAAAAAUUCUCUCCCCUGAACUUCCGCGGAGACCUGAUGUUCCGUCGUGGCCGUCGUCAUGCCCUUGCUCGACAAGUCGACACCGAGGUCGAAUUGUGGGACUUCUUCGAUUUUGCUGGUCUCUGGGAGCGACAAGAGAAGAUGGCUGGAACAGGUAUGGCGAUGACAGCUGUCACCGUGCUUGGCAGUCGAGCAUUAGGUGGCUUCAGCUGGGUCGACAGCGCGUUAAGUGCAGUCAAGAUCCUUGGGCCUAAUAACCUGCGUCGACUUUUCCUUCCCGGUGUCGCUGCUGCUGCUCUUUUGACCGCCGCAUUCGUGGUGUCGUCCAUCCCGACUUCCUUACCUCCCCGCUUAUCUCGGAAGAUUGCGGCAAAGCUUUCAGAAAUGGACUACGUGCAUUCCAACGCUAACCGCAUUUCCUCCGAGGUGCGUCGCAUUCUUCGUUUGCCUGCCACCAAUUUGCAGGCUUGUCUCGCUCAGGACAUUGAGGACCUUGCUCGGCGGAAGCAAGAGGUUACAAAGGUUAAACAGGAAAGUGAAGUUGCCGCGAAGUACUUUGGCAACCUAUUCCGCGAAAGCAACGAAAACCGCACCGCCGUUGAAGACAUUGACCUUGAUGGUCCACUGCCUGGUGCUAUGGGUGCUUACCAUGUAUGA